AUGACGUCCAAGCCCCCUUCCUCAAUUGAUGAAGGACCAAAGUUACGAGAAGAGAAGCAGUAUCAAGACUUCUACCCCAAUUUAUGUCAACAAACGACCUUGCCUGUUCUAGUCGAUAAUGAAGGCGAUCAAAAUGACUCGAUGCCCACCCUCCCGCAUCCACACAUAAAGCAAAUAAUAUUCAAGGACAAGGUCACUGUUGAACCAAUUGCCUCAAACGCUGAUAGAGUUCAGUUCAAAAAAUGUAAAGUCAGAAUAUCCGAUUUAAGCGGCUCCCAUGGCAUAACAAAGCAGUACUAUCGUUUCGGUUACCGCCAUAACCGUCAUCCCACUAAAUUUGACGAAAAUACUACUCCAUAUAUUAAGAAAACAGAUUAUCUCGAGAUAUCGAAGGAAGACCCCUUUGUCCAGAUAUCUAAGUAUCAAUCCCAUUUCCAGGUCCAAUAUGAUAUGGAUGAACAAGACGAACUCUAUCUUCGAUUUCUCAACACGAAUCGCAUAACAUAUAUGAAAAGACGAAUAACGCACGAAAUUUUCGAGAUUGUAAUUACAGUGCUUGAAAAUGAAUGGUUUUACUUGGAGAAAAAAAUCCCCCCUCGAGUCUCACCCAAUGCUGAUAUAUAUUCCAAAGAGUCCAAGGCAGCGUGGCAAUAUUAUGAGGCAUAUGGCUCUGACGAUGGAACUGGCUAUGUUCUAGAUCAACCUUGUGCCAUAUGCGGGGGGACAGAAAGCGACAACUCCAAUGCGAUAGUUUUCUGUGAUGGAUGCGACGUUGCUGUACAUCAAGAAUGUUAUGGUGUGGUAUUCAUACCAGAAGGCCAGUGGCUUUGCCGCCGAUGCAUGAUAUCGAGGAAUCGAAAAAUCAACUGCCUUUUUUGUCCUAGCCAUACUGGAGCUUUCAAACAGACAGAUACCGGAUCUUGGGGGCACGUAAUAUGCGGCAUUUGGAUUCCGGAGCUUUUUUUUGCCAAUACGCAUUAUAUGGAACCUAUCGAAGGAGUUGCUCUAAUAUCAAAAUCAAGGUGGAAACUUAACUGUUACAUAUGCAAGCAAAAAAUGGGAGCUUGUAUUCAAUGCUCAAACAAAAAUUGCUUCACUGCCUACCACGUUACCUGCGCUAAAAGAGCCGGUUUGUGUUUGGACUUUGGAGGAUGCUCAAUUUCGGACGCAGCAUCCAAUUCCUUUUCUUCAGCUGUUAAGCUACAAAGUUUCUGUGACAAGCAUUCUCCACCGGGUUGGAACGACUGUCGGGAGGGAAUACAGAAAACUAGACGAUAUUUUGGGAGCAUUAACGAAGUUAAGGUCCUAGAGCAAAGUAGAGACGACUCUAGAACUAAAAAGGGCUCUGGCUGUAAGUGGAAAACGAACAGAGGAACUCCUAUAGCUCCCCACAUCUUCGCGCAAGUUGUUAGAAAAGUGUUAGAUUCCUUUAAGAUAGAGAAUACAGAGAGAUUGGCGAUCGAAAUCUGUAAAUAUUGGUCAAUGAAGAGGGAGCUUAAACGAGGGACAUCACUAGUUAGAAAAUUCGACCCCACCGCUUUCAAUACAUUUCGCACUGAAGAAAUACAAGAGCGCGUUAAUUUUGCUGAAAUACUUCUCAAUGAUAUGAACAAAUUACACGAAUUGGGAUCACUGUUAGUUAAAAGGCAGCUUGCCUCGAAGUCUUUGCACGAAGCGAAAGCCAAAUGUGAUCAAAUAGCACAUCAUCCGGUUGCAUAUCUAAUAAAGACUUCCGUGUUAGAUAAUAUUACAAAAACACAGGCAUACAAAAGCUUAUUGAGAAAUGAAGCGCUUCCUUCCAAUCUAAACACUAUACUCUCUAGAUGCGAUUCAGGAUAUUAUGAUAGUAUCUCCUCUUUCAAGAAAGACAUAUCAGAAUACUUCAAGGAAAUUGCAUCGAAUACUAAGAUUUCGCGCACAACUCAAAUGUUGGCUAAUUCUGUCUUUGCUGGGUUUAAAGAGCGGUUGGCUAGAAUUGAGGGAAUCGAUGUGCAAACUUGGAUUAACGAAGAUUUCGACAUUCACGGUAGCGAAAUAAAUUUAGCAAAGUGGAAGGGACCAAAGCUUAUGGAAAAAGAAGACUUGAGCGAUGUCGAGGAACUAUCACCGGGCGAGAUUAGAAUAAUUAAAGCAUGUUUAAAGUAG